CGUAACGCUAGGGAGGUAAAAUGACUGAACAGAGGUGUGAUUGUUCCGUUUCGCCGUCGACACCGUUUAACAUUUGGCUUGCUUCGGCGAGUUAACAUCGAGAAUAAGGAGCGUAGUGAAGCCGCCCGACCGGCGGAAUGCUGCUACAGACACCCGACAGGCGGAUACUCGGUGAAUUUCGUCAGACAGACGACGCUAAACGAUGCUAAACGCCUGGCCAACUAAUCGAAAUUAGCCAGUGUUGGUGCUUUGACAGCUUCACUUUAUCCGCCUUCCAGCUCUUUGCUACAUGACAGUCGACGAAUCUGUCCGGAAUCUGAGCGCCAGGUGCGAAGCAGCCAGCUAGCUGCUGUACUGGGACAGCCACGUCAGCUAACGCUAGCCCACAUCCCUCCAGUCUGAUAUAUUGCGAGCACUUCUGUGCCUUUAGUUUGGGUUUUUAUUAUCCAGCAGAAACAGAAAGGGCAUUUUUCUGCGACAAUGGCUCCGAUGGGUAUACGGCUGUCACCGCUCGGAGUGGCGGUCUUCUGCCUCCUUGGAGUCGGUGUCAUCUACCACCUGUAUGCAGGGGUCAUCUCCAGCCGCUUUGCUUCUUUCAGACAGAGGAGAACAGUGGAUCUGAGGGACCUGCUGGCCGUCUCUCUGGAGGCUGCAGUGCUGGGUGGCAGAGAGGUGAAGCUGGUGCGUGAUGAAAAUGGCCUCAACGAGAAGUCAAAGGGCAAGACGAGGGAGGGAGCCAGCGAGCCUCUGACUAUGGGUGACCUGCAGUCUCAUAGAAAGAUGUUUAACCUCAUAAAGAACACCUUUCCUGAACUCACGGUGAACAGUGAGGAACAUGACAACGUGGUGGACAGGGUGACCUGGAAUCGGGACAUUCCAGCUGACAUACAGGAUAAGAUAGAGGGGGGCAGGGACGUCCCUGCAGAGAGCAUCACUGUGUGGAUCGAUCCUCUAGAUGCUACACAGGAAUAUACAGAGAGUCUGGUGAAGUACGUGACCACGAUGGUGUGUGUGGCUGUAGACGGUAAACCAGUCAUCGGGGUUAUACACCAGCCGUUCACUGGGUUCACCGCCUGGGGGUUCGUAGGUCAGGGGUCAAACAUGCAUCCUCGGUCGUCCUACAGUGUCAGCCAUCCAAAGGUGAUUGUGUCACGUUCCCACUCUGGAAAAGUGAAAGGUUAUAUCCAGGACGCUUUUGGAAAUGGCACAACGGUCAUAGAGGCAGGUGGAGCAGGGUAUAAGGUCCUGUCACUUUUGGAGAUGCCUUCAAGUGAAGCAGGUUCUAUAGACCAGGCAGAUGUUUACGUCCAUAUCACCUUUAUUAAGAAAUGGGACAUCUGUGCUGGUGCAGCACUACUGAAUGCACUGGGAGGCCAAAUGACAACCCUAAAGGGAGAGGACAUCGACUACAGUGGAACACCAGUCAACAAAGGAGGACUGGUGGCCAGUGUUGGUGUGGACCAUAAGGCCAUACUGGAGAGACUACCAAACUGGGACCCUGAGAAGCACUGAGAGCGGCAAACACAGAGCCAUUGAUAGUUUGUUUGGGUUGUAGUAAGGGUGACAUGCGGCCGCCCUUUUCUCUGACUUACAGUCGGUUGCCAAUGUAACCAGACCUGCACAAUUUCAUCAUCGUGGUACACCAAACAUCUGCCAAUCCUGUGAGAGAGAGUUACUGUCACUGGCAGGAUUGUGGAACCAUACACACAGUGGCUCUGAACACACACUCCAGGACAUGCAUACGUACGUGCAGCUACGAGAAACGGUACAUCAUGCUUAUACACACAAACACAUGCUCACAGUGAACACUGGGGACAACCCUUCACCUGCAGAGGACAACAGGAUGACUAAUGUGAAAUGAACUGAGGAGCACAAUGCUGAACAUUACAACGAAACCCAUCGAGUGACUGACUUCAAUGUCUUUCCAUCAUAUUAAAUCCCAUCUUCCUCACAGAUCCAGAGAAAACACAAGAGUAAUGACCACAAUGUAUUCCAGACUGGCACAGUACCAUCAGAAUUAACAUCAGCUUAGCUCAGUUAGUGAAAUGGCAAUCUGUCACUGUUUGGAAUUGGGAACAAUGAGCUUCGGUGGCCUAAACAAUCAGUGUAAUGUGGGCCUACUGACCACUGGAUUGGAUUUCAUUCACAAACCCUCUGUUCACCAGCACCAUUACACCACAGCAAUUCACUUCACACAGUCUUAAAAUGAUCUGCUCCUUCAAAGUUGUCAUCUGAGGUGUCAGAUAUGGAGCGUUUGAGCUUUGGACUGACUGAGAAUACUGUCACUAUGUAGUGUCAGAGCCGAUAGAAGGUCACUACAGUGAAAUAGAAACAAAAGAACAGAUAUUCUACCGCCACAGAUUUCAUGUUAGUUGACAUGUGAGUCUUAGAGCGUGAACAACUACAGGUGAACUGCUAAAAUUAUCAAAAUUAGUCAAACUAAAAAACAUAGUACAUUUAUCUGUAGAAUACACCAUUUUCUACGCCAUGGCAAGGCCCAGGAGGGAUCAGUUUUACAAAGUUACUAAUAUUACUAAACUAUGUCGAAACCAGUCACAGUGAAAUUAAGAUUAAAUGAUCGAAGGGGAAAAAAGAGGGGAAGCUUGCUAUUUUCCUAUCUCAUCUACUUUUGUCUGAAACAGACUUUGGACUGAUUCAACAUAUUCUCAGUUAUGGGUGUGAACAUGAAGUGAUUGAUGUUUCACUUACACUGCUGUUAUAAGAGGUUAUACACAAAAAUAGCACAAUAUGAAAACUGCAAGGUGUGUUUACCAAGAACAGAAGCAGCAGAGCGAAGGCUUGCUGCUCAGCUGGCAGUGAGUGCAUGGCCAGGGAUGGAGGAUGAUGGCCAAGUGUUUCAUGAACCUUAACCCUGAUGAGCUGAGGUCUGAUCAGUCAGACUGUGCAAUGAAAUUAACUUGUCAUUUUUGAUCUUUAUCUUCCUCAGCAAACUGUAGAUAAAUAAAACAAGUUGGACUGAAUUGAAGUUAUUAAGCAAAUUCACACUUCAUCCUCUCUCCAGUACAAACAGUAUUGGUUGGACUGUUGCAUUAAGAGUUAAGAGCAGAGGAUCAGCUAACAGGGCCUGUGGAACUUGACUAAAGACUGGAUUGUGAUGUGGUCUCGCCUCUGCCAAGAACAGUGUACAAAAACAAGUCCCAUUAAAUGUGUACGCCCUCAUUCAUGGCUUUAAAAGUGAUCAGCCUGCCAAACGGGCAUCACAGAAGAAAAAUGUUUUAAUCAUUUUACAUCACCAAGAAUUAAAUAGAAGUUUACAAAAACUAAAGCAUGGGAAAUGUCAUGUUGAGGACUGUGGAACUUACCUGAGCUGGAAAGGUACAUAUCCUCCCCAUUCCACACCUUUGAACAACCUGUGAAUAUUGUAAUGUGCAACAUUCAGAUUUCAUGCAAAAAUGACACACUGGUACUUGUCCUAUUUUGUCGGAGACUGGACUGUACACUUUAAGUACACAUGUUCUUGCAUGGUUUUGUAUUUUGAUCAACUUUUGGAACUGAGAAUUUCACUGGCUCGGUCAGCCUCUUUUUCUGCAGACAGGUCUUUCUGUCCUGUCUGCCAUAAGUGUGCCGGUCUGUUUAAACUGCCUGAUUGACUCAACUUUUCUCCAGCCGAUAUUUGUAUUGUGUGUUCAACAACAAACACUAAUCUGAAGUGGGAUGUUUCUUCAGCAAAAUGUGAGCUACUCUUACAAGUGACCUGUUUUGUGUUCAGUUUGUCUCUGCAGCCUUCGUAUAAUUGAUAACUUUGUUUAGCUAAAAAUGUGUGCAGAGGUUAUGAGAUAAAUGUUGGUACAUGUUCUGCCGCAGACUGCUGUUAGCAGGUUACAGGCCUGACCUGGACGCUGUGGUGACGAUGUUAAAAAGGGUACGGCUCGACUCAAAGAGGCAACAGAAAGAAACUGUCUCUCAAAGCCAGAGCUGUCACAUUAUAUGAUUUGGGUGCCUUUGAUCAAGACAACAUAGUAGGAUGACAGUGUUUGCCACAGCACUCGUCUUGAUUUCUGUAUUUGUUUCUAUGGUGGUUAAUAUGCAAGGGUAAUGCUGCAAUAGCAAUUUAAAUGUCAUGAAGGUAAUUUGGAAAUGAUGUGGGUACUAUUGUUUGUUGUAUGAGUAAUAGAUAAAGAUUUAAGGGGAACUUAUUUUAUACAUUAAAGUCUGCUUGGAUGUG